UCACCCCACACACAAACUCAGCCUCACACACAUACUCAGCCUCACACAUACACACAAAUACUCACCCCACACACAUACUCAGUCUCACACACAUUCACACACACACUCAGCUUCACACACAUUCACACACACACUCAGCCUCACACACAUACUCAAACAUGCACAUUCACACACUCACUCAGCCACACACAUUCACACACAUACUCAGCCUCAAACAUACACACAAAUACUCACCCCACACACAUACUCAGUCUCACACACAUUCACACACACACUCAGCUUCACACACAUUCACACACUCACUCAGCCACACACAUUCACACACAUACUCAGCCUCACACACAUACUGAGCAUCACACACAUACUCAGCCUCACACAUACACACAUUCACACUCACUCAGCCACACACAUUCACAGACUCACUCAGCCACACACAUUCACUCAGCCUCACACACAUACUCAACCUCACACACACACAUACUCAGCCACACACAUUCACACACAUACUCAGCCUCACACAUACACACAUUCACACUCACUCAGCCACACACAUUCACAGACUCACUCAGCCACACAUUCACACACUCACUCAGCCUCACACACAUUCACACACAUACACACAUUCACACUCACUCAGCCACACACAUUCACACACUCACUCAGCCACACAUUCACACACUCACUCAGCCUCACACACAUUCACACACAUACUCAGCCUCACACACAUACUCAGCCACACACAUACUCUGCCACACACAAACACAUUCACAGCCUCACACACAUACUCAGCCUCACACACAUACUCAGCCUCACACACAAACUCAGCCUCACACAUUCACACACACACUCAGCUUCACACACACACACUCAGCCUCACACACAAACUCAGCCUCACACACAUUCACACACAUACUCAGCUUCACACACAAACUCAGCCUCAGACAUUCACACACAUACUCAGCCACACACAUACACAUACUCAGCCACACACAUACACAUGCAUUCACAGCCUCACACACAUACUCAGCCACACACAUAUUCUGCCACAUAUAUUCACACACAUACUCAGCCACACACAUACACAUACUCAGCCACACAUAUUCACACACAUACUCUGCCACACACAUACACAUGCAUUCACAGCCUCACAGCCUCACACACAUUCACACACAUACUCUGCCACACACAUACACAUGCAUUCACAGCCUCACACACAUACUCAGCCACACACAUACACAUACUCAGCCACACACAUUCACACACAUACUCUGCCACACACAUACACAUGCAUUCACAGCCUCACACACAUACUCAGCCACACAUAUUCACACACAUACACAUUUUGUUAUAGGUUAAGGACUCACACGUGACACUAUUUAAGAUGUGGGCAGUAACUCCAGAGCAAGCGUUUCAGAAUUUAUUGGCAAAAAUUGUGAAGAACUAGGUGUGAUCUGUGACUUAAAUAUAUAUAGCACGGAAAUAGCAAUGAACUAUUAAAUGAACAUAACUGUCCCAAGUGAAGAAAUAAUUAAUAUAAAGCAUAUAAACUUUAUUUGGAUACCCACUUCCGCUCUUACCCGGCUCUUACCUGGGGUUGAACUUAUGACCAAUACGUGUCUAAUAUGUACGUCCUAUACCCAGACAGAUACAUAUUUAAUAUGUACGUCCUAU